UCAGAACGUUUGAGGUCACGAGACGAGAAAUCAGUCAGACGGAACGAUUGCUCGUCAGUCUCACUGCAUUCGCUCGCUAAGUUUACAGCGAAGUGGAAGAAAUGGGUUGCGCCGCGUCUAAAGGUGACAAAUCUGAAUCACACGUAAGUCGCUCUUUCGUUGUAUUCCAAUCGUAAGAAGCCCUGAACCAAAUAUUAUCGCUUGUCCACUGAGCAGCAAGUUAGAACCGUUUUGGAGUUGCAUCGAAACGUCUAAAAACUAUCUCUAACAGCUCUUUCGUUCAUCGCAUAGCACUACAGAAGACUCCAAACACUUCAUUCUCGUGUUGAGCUAUUGUUAGAAACUGUUCACGUUAUUUUGCACAUUGGCUUAAGUGUGUCCUUAAACCAUCUUCACGUUAGAGUGCCGAGAAUCAUACAUCGUUACUGUACCGUAGCUGUACUUUCGCGAUCUUUCGAUCUUCAGAUCUUUAGAAUUGUUCUUAUAGUUAAAAAAACACACACAAAGCAAAAUACGACUCUAUGGCUAAGACAAACACUGCUGAUCGCUUAGCUCCUGUAAAAAGAGAGAGGAGAACGGACAGACGACGGUAAACAGAAAAUGUCACCGAUUCGACAAUUUGAAAUUUUGCUCGUGCUGAGGAAGUGAAGCUGGCGUCUGUCAACAGAGAAGCAGUCGUCUCUAAAUAACAGUAGGAAGUUUAUUUGGUUGCUAUGAAGUUCUUAGAAACUCUCGUGCUUACAUUGAAAUUACCAAGACAAAUAGCCGAUCUACCUUACACGUAUUAUAUAAAAUUAUUUUCAACAGAGUUGAUUGCGAGUUCUUCAGCUUUUCCUUGAGACUCAAGAUAUGCUAAAUAAACAGCCACGUGGAAAUAUUCAACUAAGUGAUUAUAAAUAAAGAUUAUGUGUAAGUUUAUUUCAAUAGUAAAGGGCAAAUAACUUUCUUAUUUUCUUGUUUUCUGUAUAUACAACCUACAAAAGAAAUAUCUUGUUUUUACCUGGAAGAAAUCACUAUGGACUAGUCAUGUUUUGCACUGAUUCGUAAAGGCUGGAUUUAUCUAAUUGAGCCAAAUUAUGCAAUCUUUUAAUGGAUUUGUAUGAAUACGGAGACAAUAAAAUCAAUUAAUUUUUACACAACCUGCCAACCCAUAAGUUAAUUAAUAUGAAUUAUUGCAUCUCUUAUUUUGAACAUUGCAGAGCCUUACUCAAAUGCACGAUGCUGGCCUUUCUCGGUUCAGUACGUUAGGAUAGCGUUCUCUGCACCCAAGACAUGAUUAACGGUUUAAAUCCCUUCGCAGCAUAAAACAGCAAUUUCUUUCCCUGGGGGAAUUUUGUUUCUUGUUUUACGAUAGAAAAAAGUAGUACUGGUAACAGCAAAUGAAUAAUAUCCGUUUUUCUCGCAUAACAAGCACUUACUGAAUUCCUCCUUACAGAAGAACUUAAAAGAUAUAAGUAAGGUAUUGUCUAGAAUAUCUCCUGGGACACGUAGGAAUAUCAUGUUUAAGCUCAUACCUUCGUUACGUAACUAAGCAUAUUUUGUAUUGAACAAAUUAUGCAGUGCCGGUAAAAGAAAAGUACCGCUGGAUAGUCCAAUAAAGCUCAAAGAUAGUCAUUUCAAUUCGACAUCAACAAAUUUGAGUGUUUUUGGAAACAUAUAAAUCACGCACAAGUUUAUUCUGCAAAAUCUUAAAUAGAGGUGAAAAGCGUUUCCACUAAGGGUCACCACACAUACAACUAUUGAAACAAACAGCCGUUUCCAAUGCGGAAAGCAGAAAAUUAACUAUCUUUAAGAGCUAGAGGGAACUCAAAGUAAAAACUAGUGAACUGCGUCUGACGCGCGGGAAAACGCACUCAAAGGCCUCUCAUUGACUCUUGGGGCAUCGACCAGAAGUACAUGAGCUAAGAACCGCGGGGUAUUUGCGUCGUAAUUGCACUUUCUCGCUCAACUACCGAAAGAAAAGUGAUGAAAGAAAUUAGUGAACAAAUAAAUGAAUAAAACAAAAAAAAGGCUUUGAAUGUUGGAGGGUGCAAUUCAGAUUGGCCCCCGAUUGCUGUGAAUGAGGCGCGGGUUCGGCCAAACCCAAAUAAUCGCGGGCCACUUUCGACCAACUGAAAAUUGCUCUAGAACAAUAACUUAAAGCCUAACUAAGGUGGCAGUUGGAACUUAAGUUGUGAUCACAUGGUUCUUUUCUGUUCGGUCGACUUACAGGGGAGGAAUGAGGUCAGUAGUUCGGAACCACCCAACUGGGAUAAGGAAGCUGAUCGACUGCGUGACGCUAUCCAAGGAUUGGGCACCGAUGAAAUUUCCAUAGUUAGAGUCUUGGCCAGAUUGACCAACAGACAGAGAAGGAAAUUGCUGAGAGUGUACAAGGAACGAUUUAAUGAGGUAAAGAGAAAUCAAGGUUUUAAUAUUUAUGCUGAAAAUGUUAAACAAUUCUGGAGUACAGGAAAAAAUGAGGAACGGGGGUCCAGUCAGGGUGUUGGCGUUGAAUAUGUUGAUAUCCCUUCCGUCCGCCUUAAUGCAUUAUUAAGCUGAUUUGCGGUUUUAGCAUAUUCAGAAAAUUCUGUAGAGAAAGAAAAAAACAAACAUGAAGACACUCAAACAAACAAAAGUUUGUAGGCUGCCUACCCUCCGUAAGAUAAUGCGUUUGAACCACUCACUGAUGAAGAGGUUGUUGGAGUAUUUUAGUGAAGUUUGCGCUCGGCCAAGCGACUUAUCUGUAAAUUUUAUUUGAAAAGAAAUUUUAUGUUUUCACUGUCAACAGGAUUUAGAAACUGUGCUUCAAACAGAGCUGAGGGGGGCGGCUAAGACAGUGGUAGAUGCGUUACUGUACACACCUGAGAUGUACAAUGUCACUUCAUUAAAAGAAGCCUUUGAAAGCGAGGAUUACGAUACCGUUGUGUCCAUUAUAAUAUCAAGUAGAAAUGACAGUUUAAUGGACAUGAAGGAAAAGUAUUUUGCUGGUGAGUACAACUGUUUUUUUUAAUUGAAUCCGAAGGUCGUUGACUAUGUUCGGUUCAGAUCAUUUUUAUAUGAUUUGACCUCAUGUUCAUCAAGUACUUGAACAAUGAUUGCAUUUCACGUCCCUUUUGUAAAAAGAUUAAUUAUUUUUCUGACAAAUCCUCUCAGCUACUUACCUUUAUUGGUCUGCAUUAUUACUAUUACAUUCAUUAUUUUUAUCAUCGUCGUCAUCGUCAACAUCGUCUUCUCAAGAGAAACUAAUUAUCUUUAAUAAGAAGAUAGAAUUUUCAUACAAAUUGAGUAAAAUCGUCAAAUCUGUUUAACCUCCUUGUACAGAGUUUAACAAGACAUUAGAAGAUGAUUUGUCCAAGAUACCAGACAAAGAUGUCAGGCAUAUUGUGAUGUCUUUACUUAGUGUCGAUCGAUCUACUGCUGAAAAAAGAGCGAAUAAGGAAGCGGCAAGAAUAAGAGCCACCUUGUUGUUCAAUGAUGGCGACAUUCUGUCUCUGUUGUGCGAAAAAGUUGGCAGAAAUCAACUGAGGGAGACACUGGCUGCUUUUCUGGAGUUGCAUAGAAUCAAUAUUGGACAAUUUAUUGAAGAGAAAUGUUCAACUCUAUCGAAACAAGCGCAGAACACCUUAAAAGAUUGUGGUAAGUACGGAAAUAAUAAUUCGAAUAAGAGAAAUGGCGUACGACGACGGCACCCGAACUGUUCCGAGUCCACUCACGAGCCGAUCGGAAAAGAGCCCGAAUAUUCAAAAGUUUCUGGCUGUUGCUAACGAAAACACCUGAUCAUCAUACUUGGCUUUCAUGCGCAUGUUUGUGGGUCAUGUUUGUACUUGGAGAUUGUUGCCUUGUUAUCUAGAGUUAUGCCCACAUCUGAAUAUCAAAUGACAAAAAAUAGCAAAAAUUUAAAACGUUAAAAACUGUGGAAAGUCGGUGCGGGUUGUGGCCUCAAAUAACGCCUUUCUCUAGAUUACUGUGCGUCGGUCCUCUUGGUUCGGGGAGGAGCGCUGGCUCAUUUCCUGAACAGUGAAGUCUUAGAUUCCCAAAGUUUCUUCCAUGCUUGUAACUUUAACCUGAAACUCACGGAAUAGAGUUUACAUUGAUUGUGCAUCAUUUGCACUCUCCUGUUACCCUCACAGCUUGAUGUCACCGCGACAACAGUAUUAUCAUUAACUUAUUUAUCUAUUUAUUGAGGAAUCUCAUUGUUUGCAGUUUUAUUGAUUGAAAACCCUCCACAAUAUUUCGCAAAGGAAAUGGCAAAGGCUGACGAGCUCAAGAUAUUGAGAAUGAUGGUCUCUAGGUCUGAGGUGAGAGUCUUAAUUUGUGUUCAAGGAGAGAAUAUUUUGAGCUCUAAUAGAAGUUUGUUAGAUGAUAAAAAAGCAAAUAAUGGUUUAAAAAAUGGCAUAUGCACAUCCUUGAUAUAUCUACGAAAGGACGUCCCCGAAUCACAAAGAAAAUAGCCUGCACAUAUGAAGCUGAAUGUUUCAAUUUCUUACAGAUAGACCUUUAUUACAUCAAGAAAGAGUUCCUCAGCAUCUACUCGAGACAACUCCAUGACAGAAUUGACAAGCAGUGUCGCUUUGAUUACGCCAGACUGUUAAUAGUGAUACUGGAAUUGCGUGGACAAUACACUGCGUCAGCUAAGAAGAGAUGA